UGAUAAUAACAAAUCUCCUAAUCAAGAGGAACGAAAUAACCCUAAUGAUAAUGGCCCAACUCCUAAUCCGCCAACUAAUGGCGAUAAUCAUGACCCCGAAAAAAAUAAUGAUUCUCCACUGCCGAACUCAGAUGCUGACAUUCCGCCGAUUGACAUGUCUGAAAUAAAUAACGCAGCAACUACUGAGCAAGCCCAACAAGAAGCCCGCACACAAAUCCAAAAAUUAUUCACUCAAAGAUUAACCACUAACCAGGAAAUAGCCGAUUUUGUCCAAGAAAUGGCAAAAAGGAUUGUUGAAAAACAGUUAGCCAACCAAAACAAAAAUAAUAAUUAUUCCUCUAAUUCUCCUAACAAAAACGAAAUCUUAGCCUGGUCGAUCGGUGGCGGGAUGGGUUUG